GCCCUCCCUGCGUUUAAUUUUGCUAUCUUUCUCCCUCGCGCUCUGUCUCUUGCAAAGACGUGGGAGAGAACUCAGGAAGAUUCUGCACCUACCAGUGCGGUAUCUAGGCAACAGAGAACGAUGGAGAGGGAGUGGAGGGGGGGAAAUAUGUAUAGAAACAGAAUGCAGAGCUGAGUUGGCUUACUUCCACACAUCUCUGGAUUGGCUGGAAGAAGCUAUAAAUUCCCUGCAUUUACAUUCGCUGGAUCAGUUCUCAAUUGUUUGAAACAGAAUUCUGCAUGAGGCUGAUGCAAAUGAGAUGUCGGUGUGUGGGCCACCCUGGAGUGUGUGAGCGCCUCCUGCUGCCUGGAGGAGCUGUGCGUCGCUGCUGCAGCUUCACCAUGAACAACAAGGAGAGCACGACUGAGUCCGAGAAUAACAGUCAGAUGAAGGUGUUUCUGCCCAACAAGCUGCUGGAGUGCCUGCCCCGCACCUCCACCCUACCCAAGGAGAGACUGCGCUGGAACACCAACGAGGAAAUUGCGUCCUACCUGAUCUCCUUCGAUAGACACGAGGAGUGGCUUUCCUGCACGCUCAAGACCAGGCCCCUCAAUGGCUCCAUCAUACUGUACAACAGGAAGAAGGUGAAGUACCGAAAGGACGGGUACUGCUGGAAGAAGAGGAAAGAUGGCAAGACUACGAGAGAGGAUCACAUGAAGCUGAAGGUUCAGGGCAUGGAGUGUCUUUAUGGUUGCUAUGUCCAUUCCUCCAUCGUCCCAACAUUCCACAGGAGGUGCUACUGGCUGUUGCAGAAUCCCGACAUCGUGCUGGUGCACUACCUAAAUGUGCCGUCCCUGGAGGAUUGUGGGAAGGCGUGCGGGCCACUGCUGUGUGCGGUGGCUGACCGGCGGGACAGUCUGCGCUGGACCCGAGAGGAGCUGCUCUCUCAGCUCAAACCCAUGUUUCACAGCAUUAAGUGGUCCUGCAGCAACAGCAACGGCACCUCGGAGUUCUCCAUCGAGCAGCUGGUGCAGCACAUCCUGGACUCGCAGCAGACCAAACCCCAGCCACGUACACACGCCUGCCUCUGCAGCAGCACCCUGGCUUCACCAGGAGCCAACAUUCCUCACCGCUGCAACAGCACCAAACACCGCAUCAUCUCCCCAAAACUGCCCACGCGGCCCUCGCCCUACCCCGCCCUGACCGAGGUCCAGAACCUGGCCGCCGGCGAGGGGGGGGGCAGCGGGAGCGGGCAGGAGGGGGGCCGAGGCGAGGCGCACGGAGGAGGGGGAGGGGGAAGCGGAAGCGUGGGCGGGGACAGGAAAGGGCCCGCCCCCCUCUCUCAGCCCCAGGCCCCGGGGCCCGUGGUGACGAAGCUGGCCAUGCGGAGCCCGGGCGUGUCCCAGGACAGCGCGGGGAUGACGGGCGUCUCCUCCCCCUGCUCCGCCUCUUCCUCGUCCUCCUCCUCCAGCCCGCCCCAGCCCCAUCGCGCCACGCCCCUCGCCCUCAGCAACGGGGGCACGGCCUGCAACGGUUUCUACGGCGACCAGCGGGGCCUGGCUACCGUCGCGCUCCCUCAGAACGCCGUCAUCGUCAUGACGACGGCCAUCGGCCCGGGCGCCGAAGACUCCAAGAGCGAGCUGGGCUUCAGCGGCAGCGGGGCGGCCCCCUCCCACCUGUCACUCACCCGCUCGGGCCGCCUGGUGCUCUCCCCCAUCCCCCCCGCCCCCGAAACGCCCUCCCCCCCCACGCUGGCCGCCUCCGCGCCCCAGACCACCAUCACCGCCGCCGGCCCCCUGCCGCCCGCCAGCAGCGCCCCCGCCUCCCACUCCAUCUCGCCCACCCCGGGCGUGGCCACGCUCAGCCUCACCCUGCUCUCCAGCCCCGUCAUCGGGGGCCUGCUGCUCACCGACCGGCUCAUCUCCGGGGCCGACCCCCCCACGUCCCUCCUGCUCCCCCCUCGCUCCUCCCCCCCGUCCGCGUGCCCCUCCCCCUCUCUCCUGCCGGCCCCGCCCCCCUCGGCCCCCUCCCCCUCCCUCGCCCCGCCCUCCCCCUCCGUCUCCUCGCCCUCCGCCCCGCCCGCCUUCGACCCCGACUCCUUCCUCAACAGCCCCAAGCGGGGCCAGACGUACGGGGGCCCCUCGCACCCGGACUCCCUCUCCCUGUCCCUCCCCCUCUCCGCGUCCUGCUCCUCCCACGGCCACUCCUCUCCCUCCCCGCCCUCCUCCUCCUCCCCCCAGGGCCCCUCCCUCGCUCUCUCGCUCUCCCCCACCUCACCUCCCUCCUCCUCCUCGCCCCCGUCCUCCCUCUCCUCUUUCUCUGCCGAGACGGAGCGAGGGAAGAACGGAGAGAGAGAGGCGCACUCCCUGGCCGUCCCCUCCACCUCCACGCCCUCCUCCGCCCCUCUCUCCCCCUCUCUUUCCUUCUCCCCCUCCCACUCCAGCACCGCCCUGUUGCCCCUGUGCUUGGAGUCCACGCUGGGGCUGGACAGCCUGGGCGUGCUGGGGCCCGAUGGGCCAGACCAGGGGCCCGGGGGGGUUUCCCCUGGCCCGGAGAGAGAGGCCCGGAGGCACAGCCCCACCCCGCCGCACCGCGACCCCCAGCCGCUGCUGACGGCCACGCCCCGGCCCGCUAACGGACAGCUGCUGCUGACUGCACAGGAGCCCCAGGGUCGCCUGCAGACGCAGCGCAGGCAGGCGGCGGACAGCCCGCAGCAGCAGCUGCUCGUCCUGCAGAGCAGGCUGCAGCCCCGCCCCGAGGCCCAGGGUCCCCGGCAGCAGCUGGUCCUGGUCCCGCCCAGCGGGGCGGAGCCGGGCCGGGAGACGGACAGCCGGCAGCAGCUGCUCCUGCUCCAGCACAGGCAGCUGCAGCAGCGCGGGCAGCAGCUGGUCCUCCUGCAGCCCGAGCAGCCGCACGCCCUGCAGCUCAACGGCGGCCUCCUCUUCAUGGCGGGCGGGCCGGAGGGCGGGGCGGCGGCGCCUGCGUCUCCGGAGCCCCACGUACGAGUGAAAGAGGAGCAGUCGUCCCCCUUCUCCCCGUCCUCCUCCUCCUCCUCUUCCUCCUCGUCCUCCUCCUCCUCCGGCCUGGGGUGCUACGAGGCGGAGGAGACGCCCAUGGACACCAACAGCGGCGGGGAGGGCGGCGAAAUGGGCAGGGAGGACCCGGACCUGUCCGUCAUGAUUCAGAAGAGCGCGGGCGGGGCGGAGGAGGCGGGGCCGGGGAGCACCCCGCUGGAGAUCUCCUUCGACAGCCAGUUCCCCGACCUGAUCUCGGAGUUCAUCGCCGAGGACGAGCGGCAGGGCGGGGCCAGCUCCGCCCAAGCCCCGCCUCCGCCCCUCUUCCCCACCGGGGUGCGCUACGUGGUGCCCCCCCAGCCCUCCCCCGCUUCCUCCUUCCUGCCCUUCCCCACCCUCACCCCCGCCUGCCCUCCCGCCGGCCCGGGGCAGGAGGUGCGGCGCCUGGCGACCAUCACGGACUUCUCCCCCGAGUGGUCCUACCCAGAGGGCGGGGUGAAGGUGUUGAUCACGGGACCCUGGACGGAGGCGACCGGGCGGUACUCCUGUGUGUUUGACCAGAGCACCGUCCCGGCCUCGCUGAUCCAGCCUGGGGUUCUGCGCUGCUACUGCCCUGCUCAUGAGGCCGGGCUGGUGGCCCUGCAGGUGCUGGAGGACACGGGCGGGGUCUCGUCCUCCGUGCUGUUUGAGUACCGCGCCCGUAACGCCUCCUCCCUGCCCAGCUCCCAGUUAGACUGGCUCUCCCUGGACGAUAACCAGUUCCGCAUGUCCAUCCUGGAGCGACUGGAGCAGAUGGAGAAGAGGAUGGCGGAAAUGACGGCGGCCAACAUUCAGCAGCAACAACAGCAACAGCAGCAGCAGCAGCAACAGCAGAGCUCCCAAAACACAGCCCAGCACCCAGCAGCUCGGGUAGAGGACCGGCCUCAGACUCAGUCCGGCCCCUGGUUCGAGCGGCGCAUCGUGGGGCUGUGUGAGCGCAUGAUGGCGGGAGGCCGCUGGGGCGGAGGAGGGGAGCGACUGCUCCAUUCCGUCCGCCACAGAGGGAUGACCCUGCUGCACCUGGCAGCAGCGCAGGGAUACACCCAGCUCAUACACACCCUCAUACACUGGAGAAGUGUGAACGCAGACAGUUUGGAUCUGGAACAGGAGGUGGACCCUCUGAAUGUGGAUCACUUCUCCUGCACUCCUUUGAUGUGGGCGUGCGCUCUUGGCCACCAGGGGGCAGCGGUGCUGCUGUACCGGUGGAACAGCCUUGCCCUGGGGAUCCCAGACUCUCUGGGGCGGCUGCCGCUGGCCGUGGCUCGAUCCCGGGGCCACACCCGCCUGGCCCGCUGCCUGGAGGAGCUGCACACCCAGGGCGUGGCCCCUGAGGGGCCGGGCCGAGCCGAGGCGGAGGGGACCGACUGGGGCCACACCAACACCCAGGAGCGGCCUCCGCUGCCGCACCUCCCCCCCUCCCCUCUCUCCACCAGUCCUGACACUGGCCUGAGCUCCUCCAGCAGUAUCCCCUCCCCCAGCGACCCCCCAUCGCCGUCUCCAAGCUCCGCCUACUCCAGCGGCUCCGUUCCCCUGGGCUCCCCCCUGUACAGCCCCCCAGACCCCAUGGACACCUCCGACCCCUCCCUGUCGGCCUCCUCGUCCCCCUCCUCCCUCCCCCUCUCCUCUCCGUCCCCAUCCCUCCAGCUCCCCCUCUCCCUGCCCUCCUGGGGCGAGGCGUGCGAGGGGGGCGACCCCAGCCUGUCGGCCAGCCCCCACGAGCCCACCUUCCUGAUGGAGUACGAGCCCACCUGCUCCCCGUCCCCCCCGCCCGGGCCCCCGCUGUCCCGACACUCCACCUUCGAGGCGGAGCUGCUGAGCUACAGCGAGAACGCUGAGAACGAGGACUACCUGCCUGCUGUGGAAGACCUGCAGGUUGACAUGGCAACCCUUGCGGAGCAGAUAAUUGAGGCCACACCUGAGCGCAUCAAGCAGGAGGAGUUCCCCAGAGGGGCGGAGUCUCCACUGAGGGAGAGGAGGGACAACACUGCCAUACAUGACACCAUGCCCUGGCUGGCCACAUACCUGGACACAGUGGACACCCUGCCUGCCCUGUCCCCGCCCAGGCACGUAACCAAGCUGGCCUCUCUCCCUCUCCCCGGGCGGGGCAGGUGCGUGUGCCCGACGCCGCCCCCGUCCUCCCGCUCCCCCCAGCCCCCCUCGCCCCUCAGCGCCCUGGCCCUGCAGCGGCUCCGCCCCCCCAGCAGCGCGGCCUGGGCGGAGUUCCUCAACGCCUCGGCCAACGGGCGCAUGGAGCGCGACUUCGCCCUGCUCACGCUGACCGACAGCGAGCAGCGGGAGCUCUACGAGGCCGCGCGCAUCAUCCAGAACGCCUUCCGCAGAUACAAGGGCCGCAGGUUGAAGGAGCAGCAGGACAUGGCCGCUGCGGUCAUUCAGAGAUGCUACAGGAAGUACAAACAGCUAACAUGGAUAGCACUGAAGUACGCCCUGUAUAAGAAGAUGACUCAGGCGGCCAUCUUGAUCCAGAGCAAGUUCCGCAGCUACUAUGAGCAGAAGAAGUUCCAGCAGUCCCGGCGGGCGGCGGUGCUGAUCCAGCAGUACUACCGCAGCUACAAGGAGUACGAGCGCCUGAAGCAGGGCCACCGCGGGACCAGCGCCCUCAACACCAAGAUCAAGGGAUCGUUUCUGACGAAAAAGCAGGACCAGGCGGCUCGCAAGAUUAUGAGGUUCCUCCGGCGCUGUCGGCACAGGAUCAAGGAGCUCAAACAGAGCAAAGAGCUGGAGAGAAUGCAGAAGAGAGGCCUAACCACCUAGAGCCCUCCUCCUCCUCCUCAUGCUCCUCCUGCUCCUCCUCCUCCUCUUCCUGCAUCCCUCCAUCCUCACCAAGGGAGACAGAGGAGAGAGGGAUGGUGAGGGCUGAGACAAUACACACACACACGCACA